UAAACCAAAGAAAAAAUUGGUUUGCAAACUAAGCAGCAGCAUGCCAAAGUACUACUGCGACUAUUGUGACACCUACCUGACGCACGACUCGCCCUCGGUGCGCAAAACACACUGCACGGGCCGCAAGCAUCGCGACAAUGUGAAGUUCUACUACCAGAAGUGGAUGGAGGAGCAGGCCCAGCAUCUGAUUGAUGCCACCACGGCGGCAUUCAAGGCCGGCAAGAUAACGAACAAUCCUUUUGCUGGCGGACCCUCAUCGGCGCCGCCCAAGCCGUCUGGCGUGUCCAUCCCGCCGCCCAACAUGGGUGCGCCGCCGCGUCCUGGUAUGCCUGGCAUGCCGUUUAUGCCGCCUAUGAUGAACCCCAUGAUGACUGGAAUGCGUCCGCCGCCCAUUAUGAAUCCCAUGGCCAUGAUGGGACCGCCACCGCCGCUGGGCACCAUCCCGGGUGUCCGUCCGCCCAUCAUGAAUGGACCAAAGUGACAAAAACACGACCUGCCAGAGAACAAUCAAGAUCAUCGGCAUUAAUUAAGAGCUAGAGCAUAAGUAACCUCAAUUGCAAAUAAAAAAUAAAUACAUAUUUAAAUGUACUUUUAUACGAAACAUAAACCGUGUAAUUUUGCCACAGAUCGAAA